CGAUACUCGUAAAAUCGUUCCGAGGCGUUGAACGCUACGGUAUAGUGUUAUCCGCACAUCACAUAGGGUAUCCGUCGGUCAGCUUGCUCACGGAAUCGGUUGGAGUAAGACAUAUUUGUUUGUGAAGCAUACCAGAACUAUAUGUUUAUCUGUGAACUUAAAAUACUAAAGAAUGUUUAAUCGGUGUUGUGUUAAUGGUAUUGUUAUCAGGAAAAUGAAUCCUGACAAAGGAGACCAAAAACCAAGGAUUAGCUUUCACUGCUCGUUGUAUACUGUUCAGUGUUAGGAAAGCCAAGCGGAAUAAUUGACAAAGGCACACCCCCAUUUCCGAAUCUGGUUUGGUCUUUGACACGGAAAAUAUGUGCGUUGCACUGCACCGGCAGCAGACCAAAACCAGCAGAUCCGAUUAGUGUACGGCGAGCCGAACGAACAGCAGCAACUAUCUGGCAGGACAAUAUGUGUGCCACGGUCAACAACGGGCCUGCCGUCCUGCGUGGCUUCCCGAGAGCUGCGAUAAAGGCAGCCAGAAAAUAAUAAGACGAAAAAAAAUCAUCCGUUUCCCUGUCGUUCGGUAUACAAACAGCUUCGGCGAGCUUUUCCCUAGGAGCAGUGUGUAGCUAGCAGUUUGGAAGUUAUUUGUGGCGUGCUUCUGCUGGCGAAAAGAAGGAAAACAAUAUUGUUGGUUCUCGGAUUCCCAACCACAAAAGUGAAGUGAAAAAGUGCUUGUGCUUUGCCCUCACUCGAGAGAAUAUCAUAAAAUCAAUAAAAUAAUCAUAAAAGUAAGGCUGUAUACACAGCUGUUUCUGUGCAAGAAAUAACAUAAGUGGAAAUCGGCGGUGGUGGUUCUUCUAACUGGUCGCGAAGCUGGCAAUUCGACCGACCGGCCAUUUAAGAGCGUUGAUAAGUGUUGAGUAAAUGCUCAUUUUUUGUGGAAGGAUUACUGCAUCGUGAUAGUAGUGAGCAAAAUCAACAGGACGACAAAAGCUUUCUCUCGCAAAGCUUUCCACUAGUGUAGCUACGGUCAUCGCCAGUGUUGGUGUUAGUGCCCUGUCAGGCGAGGUGGGUGAUCACUCCCACCCACCCAUCCUGUGGUGUAUAGCAGGCAGUCGAAACCCAAGAAAAUAGAAGAUGCACGGUAAGGAAAUCGUCCAGCUUUCGCUUUGACACACAUAGCAAGUACCUGCUGAGAAGAGCAUAAAAAGCGAACCGCAGGAAAAGGAUGGGGCCUGCACUUUGCGAAACAAUUGUGCUCUGUUAAAAUUUUAAAACACAUUUGAUGUUGAAAGUGUGACUUUUCCUUCGGAUUGGGUUUCGGAUAAAAGGACCACAUUCAUUGCUCUAUAAAAAGAAGGUUAAUGCUUUGCAUACAUUUAAAAUAACGCCCCAGAAGUGAACAUAAGUGAAUGGCAAUCUGAGUGUUUUGUGUGAGCCAAUCGGAGGCAGAUAUAGUGAACUUGGAUUGGGAUGAGGUGGUCCACCGUCCUAUCCGUUGUCGUCGUCGUUGUUGUUUUUGUUGUCGCAAAGCAGUAUUCAGGUAGCGCCAGCAUAGUGGUAGAAACCAGGUGCAACUUGCUGAGUGGCUGCUGUACCAACAAUGAGGAGUGAUAGCUCGGAGCUUCUGCUCGAGCAACAAGCAGAAGAGGUACGCAAGAAGAAGUUGCUAGAGCUAGCGGCUGCCAAAAAGGCGAAAAGUGGUCCUCCACCGAAACGAACGCUGCGCGAAAAUGCCAGCUUCUACACUACUUCCAGUUUGGCGUUCCUCUCGGUGACGGCAGGAGCGUCGUUACUGUUUCUGGUUCCUCUGUAUGUCGAUCCGGCUAUAUCAACGCUGGUCGGCGACUUCGUUGAGCAACCUACGAUGUGUGUUACGACGCGGCGUGAAGAUAUGACCGGGUUGUUCAACUGCUCGUGGAGCUCGUGCCGCGAAGGUUGCACCUCGGAUGUGUUCAAGUGCACUCAUAUUUAUGUGACGUUCAUCGACGAUCUAAACUUUACGUUUCCUUUCAAUGCGACGCCCUCGGAGCUGUUCAAUCUGACCGAUAUCGAGCGGUCGGACGAAGCGAUACUGCUGGUGAACAUUAAGGGUUGCGGCUAUCCGCCCGCGAUUAAGUGCAAAAACUUCACCGAUCUGUACGGCUUCGAGGGCGCAGUUUUUCCGUGCUACUACUCGAAACAGAACAAAACGGUCGUGAUGACCUUCUACAACCGGGAGGACCAGGUGCAAACGAUCAUCCAUUUUUUCGUGGUUCCAUUCAUCGUCACGGUGAUCUCGUCGGUGCUUCUCUGCUUAAUGCACUGUGAUUGUAGAUGUAAGAAGGAGCGACGACGCCGGCAUCGGCACCGGAGGCCUAGGAUAGAGAAUCUCAGUGAUUCAUCGAUAUCGACCCGGGUGGACAUGCUGACACCCGCAAUCGAAGUAUACAAACCACCUCUCUGACACAAGGAUGACACCCUGGAGAGCAACCUCGGCAAUCCGUCGACCAGUAGCGAUCUAUGACGAGGUGCACUGUCGCUGACGGUACGCUUCUUCCUCGUGCAGGCUGACAUUGCUUCAGUCUAUCUGGUCACCGGAUAGUUGGUGAUGGGAAAUUACCAAGCGGUGAUGCUAUAGAACAGAUAACCGUACACAUCCCAGCCAACGCAACGUGAUAUGCCCACCGAAGCUGCUGUUUCGUCCUGCUUUGCCGGGCUGUGUGAGUUACUUCGAAACGAUAACCACUUGUCGCUUGCAGACGUGGGUUGUGUGUUUGCUAUUACUAUAACCACUUGCUAGCUACAAGCAUCAACCACCGCCGGAGAAGGAUUCCAUGCGGACGCACACGUAAGUGUCAUAACUAUGCUGUCGGGUUGAGCAAUCAAGGCGUAGUAUGUCUUUAAUAUAUGUAAGAAAGUUCAGAUGAGUCCGCAGGAAACUUGCGAUGACGGGUGAGGGGAUGGGGGGACUCAUUGCAGGACGAUAAUGCCACUGGUUUUCCAUCUCACGUUGCAUGAGUAACGGUAAUGACAAUGGAUGUUGAUGCUGGAUGAAAGCUGCAUAGACAAAGCCGGUGCUGUGGUGCAUGACGGAAUACACGUGGCAGCCCUUGAGCUUAGAUUACUGAGGUAAUGAAUAUAAAUAUAAAUAUGUUUGAAUAUGCAAUAUGCAUAUGAAGGUUGUUCGAAGGAGAAUCAACAGACCCAACCGACGCUAUUUGCUCCACUUCGUUGAAGUGCAUAAUGAGUCCAUGCUUAUUGCCAUGUGUCUCAAAGAACUUGAUAAAAUAUUCCUUCUCGAUUGCAUAAUUUGCUCGUAUUAAUCAGGCUAAAUUUUCUCAAGGUUUUAAAUGUACGAACGAGUUUGUUUGUUGAAUUACUAUAUGUAUAGGUAUUGUAAUCCGAUUUUAUCUGGUUUAUCAUAAACAUUUGCCAGCUACAUAUAAAAGAUAAAUUAAGACACCAUCCAUGAUAGUAUGGUUCACUCGUUCGCCCUAUUUUGAGUUAUCGGCAAAAGUGGCCCUAACAGCAAAAACCUCAAUCAAGCGUACAGAAAUAAUAAAUGUCACAUUCAUGGCCAUUUGAUAGAAAUAAAAACAAUGAAGAGUUUACAUUUGUACACGUAUCCAUGGAUUGUAUUAUCGAUUGUCAGCCAUUCCUGUUGGCAAUCGUUCUCAUUGACAACGUCAUUGUUACUGCCGUUGGCGUAAUCCACAUAUCGGCUAAAUAGCAGAGUUGUUGAUGGCAAAUCAAAAGACCGGAAGUAAACAGCACCUGGCGGGAGGUACUAGCUUUGUGGGUGUUAGUAUACAUCACUUGGUGUGUUGAUGUAUCCAUGUAGAUAGGGGCGAUCAAGUGGAAGAAACUCAAGCGCGGCGGCAACGGUGUCUUCGGUGGCAGCACUAUACAAACUGAGGAACUAGUCUCUUUUGGGUGUCAAAAUAAGCGAUCUAUACUAGGAUAACAACCAAUGAACUAGAUCAAAACCAUCUAAUUAUAGGAACAUAAAAACCGUUAUGAAAAUCUAUACACACCGACUGUGUCGUAUAAAAGGCGUAAAGAUUAACCUGUAGUAAACAAUCUAGAAGACUAAGGACAAGUUUAGCUUAAGUAGGAUUAAACAAGGUAAACUAGCAUGUAAGAAAUAAAGGACUACCAAAUAUUUAGUGUAUUUGCAAUGAAUAAAACCCCAUUAGUAAGGCUAAGUUUUCUUUUGUCGUAAAAGGCGAUGAGAAUUUUGCAGCAUUAUAGAACAAAUUAAACACAUUAGGAGCAAUCGAAAAGUAAUGAAAAUCAUGGCAAGGGUAUCAAAAUUGAAGACAGCAAUAAUCGGCUAGAAAUGGACAUUUCGUGAGACUUGGUAAUAAUCGAUAGGAUACAUUCUCAGUUUCUAUCAUAUUAGGUUCUAGCGGUUGUAGGUUUUAGUUCAGUUGGACGUCAAAUUGCUGGAAAACACACUCAACAUAUGUAUUAGCUGGUAGACGAUGCAUGUAAGAGCCGUGUGUUAGAAGACAUUGUUGUUUUACGUUUGCUUCCGCGAUAUCGAUGAAAUUAAAAGCCUUCAACUAGUAACUGCCAAAGCCAUUAAAAUGCAAAACACAUAAAAUCCAUACAUAAAUAGAAACACUAUCGCUCACCGGACGAAAGGUCAACGUGUCAAACAAGCCUACGAGAGUAUAUAAAUUGAUUGUUGUGUUUUUUGUUAACUUUCUAAUAAAACCGAUCUGUCAAUGUGAAUGGUGCUAGCUGACAUUAUAGGUGUGUUAUAGAGUUUCGUUUUAAAUGUUAAUUCGAUGAAACGUUUAAAUAUUAUUACUUAGUUGAUAUUUUUUUCUAUUAAAAUGUGGCAUUGUGGCAAAGCUAGAAACACUACUGGGAAAAUGGGACACCGUGUUAAGACGGAACGAUUUCCGAACGAGAUAGUGUCAUAUACACCCAAAAUCCGGCGGGUACGUUUCUAUUACUUUUGGGUAAAAUUCUAUUGCCUUUUGGAAACCAGACUACGCAAUUGCGCAUUGCGGUAUUAAACCCGUACUAUAAAUUUCGGUGGCUGUACAGUGUACGUGUGUGUGCAUCACACAACCAAACACUUUUUCAGUAUGUGUCAAGCUCGGCUCUGUGCGUAUGUAGGAUAAUUCAGUCAAUUUCUAUGAUAGUACUAGUAUCGAGUCAAACCAACCGGAGUUCUGGAGGAUAUCUGCCGGAAUUCAAGCUGCAAUCUGUCCCAAUAUUUACUGAAACCUGCAGGAAUUACGGAUUUUUCCUGGGUAGGUUGAAUAGUGAAAUAAAAAAAAAUUAAAUUCAAUAUGAUGCUUUGUACCGGUUCGGAUCUAGCUACAGACCCAGACUACAGAUUCAGACCAGUCCAAAUAUUCGAACUAGUUCAGUCGCACCAGUUCCAGGAUCCGAACUAGUCCCCGGAUCUGAACCAGUUCCAGGAUCCGGACCAGUUCCCGGAUCCGGGCCAGUUCCCGGAUCAGAACCACUUCUCGGAUCUAGCCUAUCCCCUUUUUCCCCUUACCAGGUCCGGACUUGAACCAGGCCCAGGCUUGGUGCUUUGAUGUAGAUCCAGACAAGUGUCUGGAUCCGGAGCCUCGGUUCGGAUACGUGGAUCCAAACCAUAGUACUGGAAGGACAGUUAGUGUUUUGUGCUGUCGCCACCUUGCUGUUGACGUUCGGGAUAGAAAAGAAAUUUCAAUUUAACACCGACCGGAAUACCCCCCACUAUUCUGAGUCGGGUUAUUCUAACUGAGCCGAUCCUCAAACAUAAAAUGUGUCGUGUAGAGAAAACCAAAGCCCGUCUCUAUACACAUUGUGUUCGCUUUGCUACAUGCGCAAAAAAUGACAAGCGAAUGGUACACACUUCUAGACAAUCCGACGUGUUUAUAUUUAUUGUAUAGAGUUCUACGCAAAUCAUUUCACACACACAAAUUGGGGCGGUUUGUUUUCCUCCAGCUAUCAUAUAUAAAACUCUCAACCAAUUUAAACGUUUGAAAUAGCUCGACUACAGUAUUUAUAAUGGUGUUGAAAUGCUCUAUCUCGCCGUAAAACUUAAUCCGUCAGGUUCCAUCAUGAAAAUAAUCCGACCGAAAAGCUAUUUGUUGAACACACUAAUACAGCUACAGAUUAUCAAGUACUCUAUAAUUGGAUUGGAAUGUGUUGAUAUUGUCAUUUAGGGAAUUUUUGGCUGGGACCGUUUUAGUAUUAACCGUCUUGCUACUAGAGCAUUUUUGCUUAUUACCGUAAAGGUAAUACGUUCUACUUUACUUAAUUAAGGAGAGCGUCUGGUGUAAAGUGCUCAAAACGAAAGUUAUUUUGUUUUACCAUUUUGAAGACAAGGCAGCAAUAGAUCUUUUAUGUAAUGUUAGGAUCGCUUUAUACAUUCAUUGUGUACGAACAAAAAAUGAUUUCAGUCACACAGUGCCACACAUACGAGCAUUCCAAGAGUAGACGUCCAACUAUUUCCAAGUCGAGGAGUGCCGCGACGAACACGAAAACUUUUGAUAAAAUUUUCUGAUACGGGAAAUUCAAUAAGUUUUGUAAAGCUUAGGCUUCUAGUUAGUCGAUGAACCACAAAAAAUAGAAAAAAGUUCGAGUUUCGGAAAAUGGCUUCAGGAAAUCGCAAAAUCUCAUAUUUUACUGUUAAAUUCGCACAUUUUUCUUCAAAAUAACAGGAAAAAAAUUAAUUCAGUUUUCUGUGGAUCAUCGACGGGCUACACAUAUUGGGCAUCCUCAUAAAAUAAUCAAGUCAAUUCGUUGAUUAGUUUUUGAGUUAUCGUGUUCACCAAAUUGAAAAACGCGGUUUCGAGAAAAACGCUAUUAAAGGAUGUCCCACAUCAAAUUGCAUCAUGGAAAAAACGCUGUAGAAAAUAACCCAUUAGGUAUUUUCUCUUGAAAAUUUGAGUAUAAGUAGUUUAGAGUGUAUUAUUUACACUGUAUUUUUAUCGCUGUCAGUUUUUUGAAAAAUGUUACCGGUAGAUUGAAAUCUGCGUGUGUUAUAGCAAAUGCGCGUGGAAUGCAUAGCUGUUUAAAAAAACAAAAGAAGUUCAGCGUGGUCACCGAGAUUGCAGGAGACUUUUCUAGAGGUUCAAUAUUAACAAUUAAGCGGAUAAAAAAGAAGUCGAUUAUUUUCGCCCUCUACACCAGAUGCCCACCACACCGAUGAUGGCCCAUUUCAUCGACUCAAAGCAUGAUUGAGAAUGACGUAUGCAAUGCAUACAAGAGCAACAAGUGAUUUUUGAUGUAUUAGGUUUAGCAUCAACCCUCUUAGCAUCAAACCAACAUAACCUCAUAAUAAGAGCCGGAUGUAUAUGGGAGUGACGUAGGGUGACCAUUAGACUGGUUCAAUUUUUGACUUUUAGCUCCACCAGGCUUUUCUGAUUCCUUUCAUGGUCCUUAGUAAUUGUGCAAGUUUUGGUACCUAAUAGCUACAUUGUUAUACCAGUGUAAACUAGACUUUCCACCCACCGCUCGCGUAUGGCAGAUACAGCUAUUCAAACAGGGUUGCUAUGAUUAAUAAUAAAAUCCACUUGUUUUGAAGUCAUGCUGCUUCUUUAGUUAAUAACUUUUCUCAGAGAAUUUUCAUAAACUUUUAAUGUUCCACGAAUGUGUUUAGUAGAAGAUUAUCUUUAGAAAUAUAUAGUGUUCUGAUUAAUUGAUUGAUAAAGUGAUAUUUUAAGAUUUUUUUCAAUGUUAACCGAUUUUCCAUACAAACUUCCAUAUAAACUUUGAAAUUUUUGGAGGGUCCGUAGACACAACCAAUCGGUACCAAAAUUUGCACAAUUACUAAGGACAAUGAAAGGAAUCAGAAAAGCAUGUUCCGACCAGAGUUUCAACUCAUUACAAAACUGGUUGGGGUUAGGUUGGGUACUGGCAACGUUUUGGUAUUGUAGAAUGCCUCCCGUCCAAUGUUACAACAACCAAAUCUGUACACGGCAAAAAAAUCGUUUAUGAUUUCAUGAAAAAAGAUCACGAUUUCGUAAACUGAACGAUUACGAAAACCAUGAUCAAGUGACCUGAAAUUAUGAAUAAAAAAUCUCGUAUUCAUAAAACUAUUAGUGUUUCCAAAAAAAAUAGUUCGCUUUGACUUGCGAAUGUUAGGUGAGGUUACUGUUGUUGUUCCCUGGACAUGUUUAGUUUUUGUUAUGAUUCUUCUUUAUAAUUUGGGAAUACACAGCCAUGAUGUUCAUGGUGCUUAUUCGCGAUUUUUGUGAUUUCUCAUCGCGUUACCGUGGUAUUUUAUUCUUGAGUUUACUAUUGGAUUUUUCUGUUAGACUAGCGGAAUUUAUGAUCAGGAUUUCAGGAUCUUGGUCGCGGUUUUAGUAAUUUCUAUUCACGUUAUCAUAAUAUUUUAGUCAUGAGCAGAGUGAUUCAUAUUCAUGAUUACAGGAUCUUUCACGAUUUUUGUUGUUUUAAUCACGAGUAAUGUGAUUUAUUUUCAUGGUUUCAGGAACUUUGUCAUGACGUUCAUAAUCUCUAUUGACGUUGUCGUGAUAUUUUUAUCACGAGUAGAAAUUUAUGUUGAUUUAUGUUCAUUAUCUCAGGAUCUUAGUCACAAUUUUCGUAAUUUCUGUUCACGUUAUCGUGAUGUUUUAUUAUAGAGCUUCGAAUGUGACACGUGGAGUAAUAUGACUCAUAACCAUGAUAUCAGCAGUUUUAUCAUGAUAUUCGUAAUUUCUCGUCGCUUUGUCGCGAUAAGGAAUAUUUGUUCCUUGUGCUGAAAUGACUGCCCAAAACUGGCAUUCUGAAUUCUUAUUGCGAAUUGUUGAUUCUCAACCCUCAUAAAUGACUUAAAAGUCAUCAUUCACUCAGACAAGAUCAUGCGUAUUCUCCAAGUUUAAAUAAUUUUCUCCUUAAUGGAGAAAAAAUAGUUUUUACCAAAAUUGUUCUCCACUAAGGAGAAAUAUAGCAUAGUGCAUCUUGCAUUGGCUUGCUAAGCCAAACCAAUUGUUUUGAUUUCAUUAGUUCUCAUCAGCUUAAAAUGAGAUCCUUUUCUUGUGGGCUAUCACGCUUGAAAGGGGUUCGUUACAUGAAUACAAAUUGCGUCUCCGUUUUUUGGAGCUAGCUUCAAACCGGCGCUAGCUUAGUCUUGUCGCUAAGUUAGUGUCGGAUUUUGAUGAAAUGAAGUCAAACGCAAAUUUCCACAACUAAUUUACUUAUCAAAUGAAUAACGAUGUUUUAAGUCCAUGUUAUUCGGAAUUGUUUAUAGAAAUUUGAGCAAUGUUUCUAUUUUACAUUCCAUUGGGAAACUGCUUCGUGUAACUUUGCAGUCUUGAUGUGCAAAACAAUAUCUGGGCUAGUGCUACGAUCCUACCGACCGUUGUUAAUACUGGCCUGCUGAGAUUUACACUCUAAACUGCCAGAUGAGGACAAGCUCAGGCUUUUUAAAUUAUAUUAAUACUUAAAAAUUGGCUAAAAAGGAUUGAGGUUCGUCGGCGUAAGAAUAACUAAACUAAAAUAAUUACUCCAGAAAAAAUGGCUUUUUGCUCGGGAUUUUACGUCGAAGGUUCCUUUGAACUACUCUUUCACUCUUCAAGUUUAUAUCCGAUUUUUACAGUCUAGGUUGAAUCCAAUAAUGACGUGGCAUUUUAACACCCCACUCCUCCAGUGCCGUCUUUACGUAUGGGCACGCUAGACCGGGGUCCACUGUUGGAGCCAUGAAAAUUUCAAAAGAAAAGAGCGGCUCAAUCUCUAUUUGUUCGGAAAAACAUUUUGAGUGGCAUUCUUGGAUUAAUGUACAGAUCACAAGUAGAACAUUCUUGAGCUGCUGAUUUCAGUUUUGGUUAAAGCGGAUUAAUGUCAAACGUAAAGAUAAAUUAUGAGUCACGGCGACAGACACUCAACCAAGAAGGUUUGAAAAUGAACCAUCCUGAUUCUAAUUAUUUCAAGGGAAUUCGCUAACACAAUAUUGAUUGAUUUCAAACCAAGUGGAAUUUUUAUUGUAAAACAAAAUGUGGUUUUCCUGAAGUCACAUUGUGUCCAGUUCCAUCACAUCAGAAACGCGGUACUGCUCUCGUGCAAUAUGUUAGGAAUAACACUUUUGUUAGCCCCAUAAUUUAAAAAUGAAGAUAAUUGUUUGUUAAUUACAUUCGUUCAAAGACAUCUUCGUAUUGAAAUCUGAUUUUUUUGACAUAUUUUUACUUGGUUUUCAUGGAUUGUCAUAGUGUUAGGUCAGCCUUAUUAUAAUACUUGGUCAAAUGGAACGUACAAACGAACAGCGUGCACAUGCACCUCUGAUUUCAAUUAGCUCAGUUCGAUGUAAAACACUUCAAACUGACUGCUAUUGAAGUAGUAUAUAUCAUGUGUACUUCUAGUAUAUUAGAUAUUUUUUAGCUUUAGAACUAAAGGCUGUCCAUCAAACUAUUGCACUACGUAGAAACCAUGCCCAAAAGUUGGCGACGUUUUUGAAGUACGAUCCCUGCCUCGGUUCAUAAUUUCGGUUGUGACAUAAAUCUGGCUUCGUUUGCCGUAACUGUAGAUUGCUUGCCAGACAAAAGAAAUCCUGGCCAAUUUCGAAUUAUUGUAUUUUUCGGCGAUAUUAAAUUUAUCUCUGACGGUAAAUAUCAGGUACUCUCGAACAGAGUUAAAAAUAAUCGAAGCUCUCUUUUGACGGCUGAAAAUGAACCUGACGCGACUCGCGGUGAAUAGAAAAAAUAUUCAUUCAAAUAUCCAUCCUUAUUCAUUCAGUUGAAUAUCGUACAAUAUAUUCAUUUCACUAAUUAUCUAGGAAAAUGAUUUCAAAUGCAGGUAAAGCAUAUGAGACAACAAUCAUCAUCGCUUACAUUGUGCCAGGGCUUACUUUGAUGCGUUUGAUCCGUUCCUGCACGGUCGCUUCGUGUAAUAAUCGGAGCGAAUGAAAAUGUGCAUGGAUGAAUGGGCGGUUUGUUCGUUUGACGUUUUCAGCUGUGUCACCGAAUAUUGAAAAUGAAUGCGGCUGAAUAUGAUCAAUUUUCAUUCAAUGAAUUUGAAUAUUUUUAACUCUGCUCUCGAAACCGUUUCUAAGUUUGCGAUAGGAUAAUUUGGAUAUUUUCGAAUUCUUGCGAUGUGUGUGCUGAAUUUUCUUACGUUUGAUUGGCUGAAUUUUUUGGUUAUGUUAAUUGUAAGAAAGACAUCUAUUCAAAUUUACCAAACUGUACAAGGAAAUUUCACCAAAUUUACAGAAUAUGAACAUAACAAGUUAAACCGUAUUUUAACAAAAUUUGAUUAUUAUGUAAAAUUCGGAGAAGACUUGUGGUUUAAUCUGGAUAGCAUUGAGAGUGAGAAACCCAGAAAGUUUGAUGAAGGAUGAAACAAAAAAAAAUCUAAAUGGACAAUUAUGAAUUUUUCCCAUAUUUUAUCCGUUGUUUCAAAACUAGCAAUAUUUUCCCAUCUAUAUCUUGAAAGUUUCAUGAAGUGCGAAGAAUUCUUCGCUGACCUGGAUAAUGGAGUUCGAAUGGUGAAUUUGCUGUAAAUCUGUCCUACUCCAAUAGUCCAAUAUUCCUCCUUCUUGACCAAGAGGCUCUCUAUCCUCAAACAAUGCAAUGUAAUGUAACUAAGAAGGUCAAUUUACUAUUGUUAAUUCUGUUAACUGCGUAUUCAAUUAUACGGUCACUAUAAAGUGAAACACUACGCAAAUUUCUAGACUUCAAUUGUUUUCUUAUCUUUUCAAACGCCAUCACAAAAUAUCCCAUUUUGGAACCCCUGAAGUAAACUACGAUAUGCUGAUUUCCACUAUGUGAUUAUAUUCAUAUUAUAUUACAUAUUCAUCGAACGCAGUGGCGUAGCCAGAAAUUUGGUUUGGAGGGGGUUUUGAUGAAAAUCGCAAUUUUUUUGAAAAAAUGCUAAAAUUUAAUAUGAGUUUGAUAAAUUAUUGAAAACUCAAAAACAUAAGUAGUCUAACAGAUGUCAUUCUAGUCUACAAACAAGAAGGAUCAACAUGGAACAGUUUUCAAACCUCUAUAGAUUAUUUUCUUGUAUAAUAUGUCAAUGAAGUCAAAAAUUGCGAUCUUUUAAAGUGGGAUAAAUGAUCUAAAAAAUUUUCAACGUUCAAGAUCACCUAAUAUAAUAAUCCUUGACUUUGAAAGUUUGACAACUUUGGGAAGUUAUCAACAUAAAACAGCGUCUGCUUUGAUAUAGAAAUUUUAGUGAUUAACUCUCAUAGAGGUAAUUAUGGUGAAUAAUUUUUCAAAAAUAUUAAGAGACAUGGUGCCUUCAGUAAAGUUUUUGAUAAUGUCAUUUCAAACAAUUUUGUUGAAAAUAUUGUUGAAGGCUACAUGAAUUCAACAUAUAGGGAUUUAAAUGGACUGUGCCUGCUAUAUUUCUUCUUAGUGAAGAAAAAUUUAGGUGAAAACUAUUUUUUUCUGCGCUACGGAUAAAAUUGUUUGAAACAAUCAUUGCGAAUUGAGAACACAAAACCUAUAACUAAAUUAUGGAUGGAUGGAACUGAAACUUGCGUUUCGACUUCAUCUCAUCAGAAUCCGACACUAACUUGGUGGGCGGACUAAGCUUGCGCCGAAUUGAUGCUAGCUCCUGAAAAUGGAAUCACUCUUUGUGUUUUUGAGUCCUUUUAAUAUCUGGAAAUUAUUUGUUUUAUAUCCAGUUCCCUUAUUUUUUUUGUAAGCUUCAAAGGCACCUUGAACGCAAUGUGAAUUUAUUAUUUAAUUACCGCAGAAGAGAUUUAUCAAAACAGUAAUUUCAGAAUAGCUUGUUGUAAAGGUUUUCUACUACUAUAUUUCGAUACUCUGAAUAUGUGGGAUAUUUAUGUCUUUGACAAAGUUGUUUGAAAUAGCACUUUCGAAAACUUUGCUGGAGACAUUAAGUCUCGACCCAAAUUUGGUUGAAGACUAAUUCUUGUCUAUAAUUACUUCUAGGAGGAUUCACCGUCAAAAUUAUUCUAUCAGCGGAUGAACAGUUUUACGUUUUGAAAUUCUUUAAUGUUACUUAACAUCGAAAUUUGGCAGUUUCGAAUGAAUGUGAUCGUGACCGUUAAAAAUUUAUCGAGCAUUAAUUUUACUUUUCUUCAUUAGUCAACCUCACAACUUGCAGUACUAGUAUGUAGCACACAAAAUUUUAGUUCGCCAUUCAUUGCAUCCUGCUAAGAGGCUAUUCAUAUAGUUGAUAAUACAACAAAAAUCCAAUGCUCAUAAAACCGAUCCUGACCUGCUAGAGACAAAAUUACAUCAGCUUUCAACUAGUUUCUGAAAUGUUAUUCUUGUUGUUAACCAUAUUGAAUUGUUGUCUAAACUCUACACAAUCUAAAAAAAUACAUUUUCAGCAAAUGUUGAAAUGUAUGUAAGUUUUCGGUAAACAAGCUUAUGUUUUAUAUGCAAUCAACCUAUUCAAAUUUAGAUUCCCAUUCGUAAAAUUGUCUCUAAUCCAUAUUUUGAAGCAUCUUUCCAAAAAUGAGCUCAUAAUAAUUCAGACAGUUAUUUUAUUUUACAUUGAAGUAAUUUGACAACCAAGGGGUUUUUGGCUAAGAGAUAAGUUACAAGAUCCCCUUCCCCCAAUUUUCAAAAAGUUCUCAUGACGCUUUAAACACAGUUCUCAAUGUAGUGAUCAGAGAAUAUUUUUCCAAAAAUAUUUUGUGAAAUAUUAAAUUAAAUUCGUCAGCAUCAAUUUUUUUUUUCAAUCCAAUUAAUUUUGGUUUGGG